AUGUCGACUUCUUGGCCAUCUCUCCGUGAUGCAACAUCAUCUCUGCUCAAGGGCGCUGGCACGACUGCCCAGGUAGCAACAUACGUUGGCUGCUCGCAUCACGAAAACACUCGACGAGUCACUAUACCUGGUUCCUCGAACCCCGAUGUCCAGAUAACCAUCACGGUGCUGACUCUGGAAAACAUUUCCACCCGCGACCUACUUGAUGCUCGCGAGCCAGAUCCGACCACUGGCCUGUUCAGGCGCCAAUGCCGAUACUGUCGACUCUUGUGUGACAUCUUUGACGCCUUCUUCAUCGACGAGUACAUGAGCUGGAUUACCGAGACACGGAACAAGAUGCCCAUCUCCGUAGGGCUAAUGAUUUGCGAGGGCAAGCCUCUCGUUGUCAACUGUUGGGGCUUCACCUAUGACCGACACACUCUUUUCUCUCGCGUCGACCUAGAGUUGUAUCCCGACCCGACCGCCGCUUUGGUCCCUAGCCCUACCUCCGGCAACAUCCCAACAAUGGGUCCUACCGGGCACAGAGCGGAAACGGUCGCCUCCGGUGCCUGCUUCGAGUUCAUCCGAGAGUGCGUGGCACAGUGCUGUAUUGAGCACCAGAAUAGCCAAUGCCAACCUAGAGACAUCGGUUUUGUCCCAACUCGACUUCUCUACAUAGGGAAAGACAACAAUGACCUCCGCCUUCGUAUGGGGCUUCCUCCUACAGAGGAUAUUAGAUGGGCUGCUUUGAGCCAUUGUUGGGGUGGUGGUGCCCCCUUCAAGCUCCUUCAGGGGAACCUUAUGACCCUACUGGAAAAGGUGGAGAUAUCCGACCUUCCUCCAACCUUCUGUGACGGAAUCCGUGUUGCUCGCGAGUUGGGACUCCAACACAUAUGGAUAGACUCCCUAUGUAUCAUCCAGGACAACAAGACGGACUGGGAGGUUGAAUCCUCGCGGAUGGGAAUGGUUUACAGCCAAGCCUUUGUGGUGAUUUGUGGUGCUUCGUCUUCGAAUCCUCAGACACCCUUCCUGGGCCCUCGUGAGCCAGAGUGGCUGCCAAAGCGAUUCAACCUCCAGAUUGAAGACGGCCAGAGCUUGCCUAUCAUAGCUCGGCAACGCCACUUGCUCGCCGCCCCUCUAGAACAGGGUCUACUCGAGCCCCCAUACACAGGCGCUUGGGCAACCCUAAAGCGUGUCGGCCCGCUCGAGGAUCAACUGCCACCUUACCCGUUACUUCUUCCUGGCACACUUGGCGAAGAACCACCGGACGCAGAUAAAUGGCGCAUGACUGUGAAAGCCUACACCCAACGUCAACUAACGUUCGCCUCUGACAAGCUACCCGCCAUUGCCGGCGCAGCUAGCAAGACGCCGCAGGCUCAAAGGACGAAGUAUCUGGCUGGUUUGUGGCAAGAAAGCCUUCUACUCGACCUGCUUUGGCAAGUCAUGCCGGGAGCCACGCACAAGGCACUCACUUACCCAGACGAAUCUGGCCGGGUUGUUCCCUCUUGGUCCUGGGCUUCGAUGGACAGAGGCGUUACCUGGAACCCUCUUCAAAGACCUGAGCUCCUUUCCGAACUGGUCACUACGCAUGUCGAUGUGGACGGCCAAAAUCCGUACGGCGCGGUGGCUGGAGGGAAACUCAUCAUACGCGGCCAUGUGAAGCAAUGCUUCGUGGAAACCUCGCGGCACAAAAACGAGCAAUGGGUCUAUUAUCGCAAUCCACAAAAGAAUACGACAAGCAAGAAGCUGCAUUUUCGUGCGGAUGGACAACUGAUGCCCCAGGUCGCUCCGUCAGCAUCAUCCAAUAUUGCAUGCAUCCGUCGAGCAAGAGGAGAAGAGUGGGAAGAUGAAGUGCAUGGACAAGGUGUCUUUCUUUGCAUUGGACGUACCCCUUGGAUGAACUACAAUUAUGUCGGACUCGUCCUCAGCUGGUCUUCUUCACCUAAUUCCCCGGGAUGUAUGGAGAGAAUUGGCAAUAUCACCAAUGUUCCAAGUGAUUGGUACGAUAGUGGCGAAUGGGUCACCGUCACCAUUGUAUAG